UGAUUUCUCCAACUUUGAAAAUAAUUCAAAAUUAUGAAUUUUGAUAUCAACAUCAACAUCAUAUCCACCCUCAUUUCAUAUUGAGAUCUAUUUUUUUUUUUUUGUUGCUUCAUUUACCAUUCGUUCAUUGACCAUUCGUCUGUUUGUUUUGUUUGUUUAUCGAUCAUCAUCUAUAAUUUACGACGACGACAAACAUGAAUGACAAUUUAGAAAAUAUGGCAUAUCAUCAUCAUUAUCAUCAUCAUAAUAAUAAUCAACGAAAACGACAUCCAUUUAAUGACCACGAUAUGAACAUGAUCCAUAAUCGAAUACGAUCAUCGUCAUCAUAUCGUUCAAUAUUCAUAUAUUCUAUAUUUCAUCUAUUUUUAUCAUCGAUAUUUAUUCAGAAUGCAUUUGCUGCGGAAUAUGAAAAUUUCAAUUCCUCAUCUAUAAUUAAUAAUACGACGACAACAACAACAUCAUCAUUAUUGUCAUCGAUCAGUAUACUGAAUGGAAUUUAUGAUAACAAUAAUUCAAGCACAACAGCAAAUGUUGCAAAAUCACAAAAUAUUGAUUAUGACGAUGACGAUGAUGAAGAUAUGGAAUAUGAUUAUUCAAAUGGCAAUUCCAAUGAUGAUGAUGUUGAUGUUGAAAAAUUUAUCGUGAUUCAUCCUGAAAUCGAACCAACAAUUGAUGAUUAUGAGAAUGGAUUCUGUAUAUCGGAUAAUCGUAUGUCAUGUGGUAAAGGUGGUUUUACCGGUGAUGUUGAUAUACCAUGUGCUCGUAAUACACGGCCACAACGUUUUGAAACCGAUGAAGAAUUGAAUCUAAUACGUGAUGUUUGUCCAGAAUUUCUGGAAAAUAUGCAGCCAGGUGAAAGACCUGAACUUUGUUGUAAUAUGAAAGGAUUACAUGAGCUUCGUAUUAGUUAUGAUAUGCCUAAACAGAUGGGUAUAAGUCGAUGUCCAUCUUGUUAUUAUAAUUUUCGCCGUUUAUUUUGUAAUUUUGUUUGCUCACCAUAUCAAAGUAAAUUUUUACGUAUCGAUAAAACCGAAUCUGUUUUGAUUGGUAAUGAAACCUAUCAAAAGAUACGUGAAAUGACUCAUUUCAUUAAUAAAGAUUUUGCAAAUGGCCUUUAUGAAUCUUGUAAAUAUGUACAAGGCAUUUCUGCUGGUCUUUAUGCAUUGGAUCUAAUGUGUGGUAGUCAUGGAUCGAAACAUUGUAAUGGACCAAGAUGGAUUCAAUUUAUGGGCAUCUCUGCUGAUAAUGGUGGUUAUGCCCCGAUUCAUAUUAAUUAUGAAUUUACUGAAGAUGAAAAAAUUCUUGUCAAUAAUAGUACGGUAUUUGAACCAAUGAAUCCCGCCACCGUAUCAUGUGCAAAUGUACCGCCGGGUUUUCCAUCCGAUGCUACAUGUCCUUGUCAAGAAUGUUCCACUUGUUUAGAAUCAAAAGGUCAACAAGUUUUAGAUGGCCUUUUAUCGAAACUUUCCCGUGUUAUGAAUACACAAGAAUAUUCAUCAUUUACCAUUUAUAAAUUGAGUGGUUGUGCAACAUUUGGCCUAUUUUUAUAUAUUUUCAUCGUUAUUGUUGUGUUGGUAUAUUUUUUGAUUUUUAAUACAAAAGAAAAAUCUUCGUAUGAUGUUUCUGAAACAUUUAACGGCGAUGAAAAAAUGGACAAUUUACAGCAACAUCAACAACAACAGCAAGAAACCUAUCUAUCCGGUUCAAGACAUGAUGAUGGUGGUUCAUUUUCACCAACAGCAGCAACAAGUCCUGAAAUAGAAUCUGAAAAAUUUGUUAAAAUUAAUCCAUGUAAUCAAAUGGGCAUUAUGCAACCAUUGGAACAUUUGCAUACCGUAAACUUGGCAUUGGGAAUUCGAUUGGAACAAUUUUUCGAACAAAUUUUUCGAUCAUGGGGUGUUUUUGUUGCUCGAAAUCCAUGGUCAAUAAUAAUUGGUUCAAUUGUAAUUAGUUUAUAUUUGGCUGCCGGCGUUUUCACCCAUUAUCAAGUGACUACUGAUCCGGUUGAUUUAUGGGUACCAGCUGGUAGUCAAGCUCGUAGUGAUAUGGAAUUGUUUAAUGAAAAAUUUUGGAAAUUUUAUCGUAUCGAACAAGUUAUCAUUGAACCAAAAUUGAUGAAACCAUUCACAUUGGCCAACUAUACAAAUUAUGAUGGUGAUGCAUUGAUUGAAUUUGGUCCAGCGUUUGAACAACAAUUCAUGCUGCAAGCAUUUGAUUUGUAUGAAAAUAUUAAACAAUUGAAAGCACGAUAUUUCGACAAACGCAUUGGACAAAAUCGUACGAUACAUUUGGAAGAUAUUUGCUAUAAACCAUUGAGCGUUUCAUGUGCAGUACAAAGUAUUUUCACUUAUUUUGGCCAAGAUAUUGAUCAAGUUCGACGUCCAAAUUAUAUUCGUCGAAUUCAGAAUUGUGUAGAAAAUGGCUUAAAUCCAAAAUGUUUUGGUAAAAAUGAUGUACCAUUACCAUAUCCUGGUGUAGCAUUAGGUGGAUUUAAAGAUGAUCGAUAUUUAGAAGCUAAAGCGUUAAUUAUAACCUUACCGGUUGUCAAUCAUAAUGAUCCGAAAUCUAACAUUCCUGCAAAUGAAUGGGAAAAAGAAUUUCUUGCAUUAUUGGAAAUGGCCACUAAAACAAACAAAUAUAACUUGUUGAAUCUAGCUUAUAAAGCUGAACGUUCAGUGGAAGAUGAGUUAGAUCGACAAAGUCAAUCGGAUAUUGUUACCGUUGCGGUUAGUUAUCUAAUAAUGUUCAUUUAUAUUCUAUUGGCUCUUGGUGAUAUGGAUAAAUGUUCAACCAUUCUGACGACGGCUCGAUUUACAUUGGGAUUUGUCGGAGUUGCCGUUGUUUUAUUGUCGGUUCUAGCAUCGUUGGGUUUAUUUUUUUAUUUCAACAUUCCAGCAACAUUGAUUAUUGUUGAAGUGAUACCAUUUCUUGUGCUUGCUGUUGGUGUCGAUAAUAUCUUCAUAUUGGUUCAAUCAUUUCAACGUGAUAAACGUCAAGAUAAUGAAACUUUAGUGGAUCAAAUUGGUAGAGUUGUUGGGGAAAUUGCACCAAGUAUGCUAUUAUCAUCACUAUCGAUGAGUGCCUGCUUUUUUAUCGGUACAUUGACAGAAAUGCCCGCUGUACGAAUGUUUGCAUUAUAUGCGGCUGUUGCAUUGAUCAUUAAUUUUUUCUUACAAAUGACCUGUUUUCUUGGCCUGUUCACAUUGGACACUAAACGUCAAUUGGAUCAUCGUUUGGACAUUUUUUGGUGUAUUAAAACAUCAACCAAAAAACGCGAUGUUGACAAUAUCAACAAAGAAAGUGUCCUUUAUUUAUUAUUCAAAGAUAUCUAUUCAUCUGCAUUGCUGCAAGAUAAAGUUCGCAUGGUAACAUUAUUAGUAUUUGGCGCAUGGUUUUGUUCAUCAUUUGCUGUUCUGGAUAAAAUACACAUUGGUCUAGAACAAGACCUAACGAUGCCUGAAGAUUCAUAUAUGAUAAAUUAUUUCAAUUUUUAUCAAAAAUAUUUUGUCACUGGACCACCAGCAUAUUUUAUGAUCACUGAUGCUGGUUUGAACUAUUCAGAUCCAAAUAUUCAACGUAUGCUUUGUACACAGAAUAAAUGUGAUCCAAAUUCAUUGCCAUCAAUAUUGGGAAUGCUUUCGAAACGACCAAACAUGACAUAUAUUCAAACGAAACCUGUAUCAUGGGUCGAUAGCUAUUUUGAAUAUCUUGAAAGUUCAAAUUGUUGUUAUAAAAAAUCUCAUAAUCAAACACAUGAUGAACAAUGUUUUGAUGAUCGCACUGAAUGUAAAAUGUGUUGGCCAAAAGAAAGCUGGCCAAGUGGAUCAGAUUUUAUUCGUUUUGUGCCAUUCUUUCUGCAACAACCACCGAAUUCUGAUUGUGCUAAAGCCGGUCUUGGGCAAUUCGAUGAUGCCGUGCGAUAUGAAUGGCUUGAAGAUGAAAAUAAUAUAGAGAUUUCAACAACUUAUUUAUCAGUUUAUCGAAGCGUAUUAAAAACUUCGGAAGAUUUUUAUGAAUCUUUACGUUCAUCACGUGAAAUUGCUGCAAUUUUAACGGAAAAGUUACGUAAUGCAACCGGCACUGAAGCUGUCGUCAGGCCAUAUAGUCUUCCAGAUGUUUUCUAUGAACAAUAUCUUACAAUGUGGCCUGAUACAAUCAAAAGUUUAGGAAUCUCAAUAUUAGCCAUUUUCAUUGUAACAUAUUUAUUUUUGGGUUUGGAUUUUUAUUCCGCUUUAAUCGUGGCUGUCACAAUUCUGAUGAUUAUUGUCGAUUUAAUGGCAAUGAUGUAUUGGUGGGAAAUAUCAUUGAAUGCCAUAUCAUUAGUCAAUUUGGUUGUCGGUGUCGGAAUAUCUGUCGAAUUCUGUUCACAUCUGGUUCGUUGUUAUUCGAUUUGUUCGUCACCAACACGUAUACUUCGUGCAAAAGAAAGUUUGGAAAAAAUGGGCAGUUCAAUUCUAUCCGGAAUCACACUAACCGAUUGUGGUAUAUUGAUUUUAGCAUUUGCAAAAUCCAAAAUAUUUCGUGUAUUCUAUUUUCGAAUGUAUUUGGGUAUUAUUCUUUUUGGUACACUACACAGCCUUAUAUUUUUGCCGGUACUAUUAUCGGUGAUUGGACCACCAAUUAAUAAACAACGAUUAUUUCUAAAUGAUUUACAUCAUCAUCGUCGUAAUCAUCAUCAUUCAUUUCGACGUCAUCGUAGUGAUAAAAAUUGUGUAUUGACAUAUUCAUCAUCAUCAUUAUCAUCAUCGUCGUCGUCGACAUCAUCCUCACCUACGCAUUUUUCACUAAAUAAAACGAAUAAUCAGCAACAACAACGAAGAAGAAUUUCUGAUUCAUCCACUGAAUCAAUUCCACAAACAAGACAGAAUAAUCAUCAACCAGAAUUGGUUACAACCACUGUUGAUAUGCAACCGAAAAAUUGUUAUUGUUAAAAUAGAAACCAUACACAUAAAUAGGUUUAGAUUAUAUGUUUAAAUUUAAAGUGCCAUCAAUUGUGCAAAAUGAAACGAUAACAAAUGCGAAAAAAUCAGACAACCUGCAACAACAGAAUUUCCUAUACAUUCCCAUUCAGUCAGUCAAAUAUAUAGAAAAAGAAAUUAGUCUCAUUUCAUUUCAUCUCUUCUUAUUAUCUCUUUCUUUCUUGUAUUCAUAAAUCUGUGAUUUACAAUUUUAUUCGAUUCACUUUUAUUACUAAUUGGAAAUAUAUCAUAUUAUUCAUUCA